GGACUUCGGUUGGGGGUCCCCGAUUCAGAUGUCAAAUUCUGCGUUUCACAAAAGUUAAAAUAAUGUAAAAAAAAACGGAAAUCACCAGUUUGGAAAUUAAUAAAUUGCAAUAUUAUUCUUAUCUCUUCCACUUUCUCGGGGAGGAGCUGCUUCUUCGUGCAGACGACAUGCUUCGGCGAGGGACUCACGUCGCCGCGAGGUUGCCAGCACCAUUGCUUUCUUUAGCAAACUCCGCGUUGCGAAGUGGAGGAGAGAGAGAGAGAGAAUGACUUCUUUUCAAAUCAUCAUGUCUCCCUCCUCAACCUCCGGCGACGUCUCCUCUCUCUCCUACACCUCCUCCUCCAUUCCCUCUCUCCCCCCUUGCAUGCCUCAUCACAAACCAGACGUUGCCGUCGUCCAGCCAUUAUUGAGGCAUUGACCUUCUUCUUGGUUCUUCUUCCUUGCGCCGACCUUGGCCGCCGCGGCAAGAGAUGGACAGGAUCCCCGUCGCGCCGCUCAAGUCCAGCAGCUUCUCGGCCGCCACCUCCCGCGAGGAGAAGCUCGCCCGCAACCUCUCCCUCGGCCCCAUCAAGCUCACCGAGCACAUCAAGGAGGCGCACAAGGAGAAAGCAGCCGCCUCCGACGCCGGCCCCGACGAGGCCGCGGAGCCGGACCUCGCCGCGCUGUCGGCCGAGAUCGACGCGUUCCUUGCCGCCCCCAGGGACGGCGACGCGCCGCCGCCGGCCGUGUCGGAGGUGACGCUGGACAGGUUCGCCAGCGCCGUCGAGCAGGAGAUCGCGCAGUCCGAGGGGACCGACAACAAGUGGGCGCCCAACGAGGCCGGCGACGCGCCGCCGCUCCUCGCCGCGAUCAAGCGCCUGGCCGCGCUCGCGUCCGCGCUCACCGCGGACCAGGGUGCCGCCACGUACAGCAUCGGGGUGCACCGCGUCACCGGCGUGCUCCACCGCGCCAUGACGUUCGUGGAGGACGAGUUCCACGGGACGCUGGAGGACCCCCGCGUCGCCAAGGUGGCCCCUCCGGCCGGCGACACCGGCAGCGCCACGGGCCGGUCCAUGAAGCGGCCGCCGUCGUUCGGGCAGGGCGCCGAGCUGGACCGGUGCGUCGUCCCGACCGCCUUCUGCGACGCGUCGCCGCCGUUCCCUCCCGAGACGGUGGGCCGUCUCCGCGCCAUGGCGGAGGCCAUGUUCGCCGCCGGGUACGAGACGGAGUGCACGCAGGUGUUCCUGGUGGCGCGGCGGAACACGCUGGACGCGUCGCUGCAGAGCCUCGGGUACGACAAGGCCAGCAUCGACGACGUGGUGAAGAUGCCCUGGGAGGCGCUGGAGUCGGAGAUCGCGACGUGGAUCAAGGCGUUCCGGCACACCGUCGAGGUGGACCUCCCCGGCGAGCGCGACCUGUGCGCCCGCGUCUUCGCCGUCGCCGGGCAGAGGUCCCUCGGCCGCGACAUCUUCGCCGACCUCGCGCACUGCGCCAUGCUGCACUUGCUCAACUUCACCGAGGCCGUGGUGCUCACGAAGCGCGCCGCGGAGAAGCUCUUCAAGGUGCUCGACAUGUACGAGGCCGUCCGCGACGCCGUCCCCAUGGUGGACAAGUUCCUCGUCCCGCCGCCCGACGGCGAGGGCGAGGGAGCCGGGGCCCCAGCAGCUGACGAAGACGGCGGCAGCGGCAGCGCGUCCACUGCCCUGGCUGAGAUCAAGCACGAGCUGGCCUCGGUGUGCACCCGGCUGGGCGAGUCGGCGGCGGCCAUCUUCUGCGACCUGGAGUGCUCCAUCCGCGCGGACGCCGGGAAGCAGCCGGUGCCCGGCGGCGCGGUGCACCCGCUGACACGGUACCUGAUGAACUACCUCAAGUACGCGUGCGAGUACAAGAAGACGAUGGAGCAGGUGUUCCAGGAGUACCGUCGCCCCGACGACGACGACGCGCAGCACGAAGGCGGCGGCGGGGACCCGUUCGCGGCGCAGCUGAUGGAGGUGAUGGAGCUGCUGCACACCAACCUGGAAGGCAAGUCGCGGCUGUACAAGGACCCGUCGCUGAGCAGCAUCUUCCUGAUGAACAACGGGAGGUACAUGCUGCAGAAGAUCCGGGGAUCGCCGGAGAUCAACGCGGUGGUGGGCGAGGCGUGGUCGCGGAAGCGGUCGACGGACCUGCGGCAGUACCACAAGAACUACCAGCGGGAGACGUGGAGCCGCGUGCUGAACCUGCUGCGCGACGACGGCGUGAUCACCGUGAAGGGACACGUGCAGAAGCAGGUGCUCAAGGACAGGUUCAAGCAGUUCAACGCCGCCAUGGACGAGAUCCAGCGGACGCAGGGGAGCUGGGUGGUGAGCGACGAGCAGCUGCAGUCGGAGCUCCGCGUCUCCAUCGCCGCCGUCAUCGUGCCGGCGUACCGGUCCUUCCUUGGACGGUUCUCGCAGCACUUCACCGCCGGGAGGCAGACGGAGAAGUACGUCAAGCUCAGCGGCGAGGACCUGGAGGCCAUCAUCGAGGAGCUCUUCGACGGCAACGCCGUGUCCAUGCCCAGGAGAAGGACGUAAUAAUAAUUAACGAAGGAUCCGGGCCCCCCGUGCCUUUGGUCACUAAUUUGGUUUUUAUAAGCCAAAUGUUACAUUAUCUUUUUUUUUUCUUUUCUGUUUUCUAUUAAUUUCGAUCGAGUUGCUGUUCUGCAUUGCUCUUGCUCAAUCACGGCAGAUAGUUGUGUAAUCGUCGAUUAAUUAAUCGAUACAUGUACCUGUUCAUAUAUGUAUUACUCUCUCCUGUGAAAAACACUUAACACAUUUUACUUUGUUCA